AGUUUAGAAGGUCACUUUUGGCAUCUCUGUGAGUUGCAUUCUUUGAUUGCGUCCCUGUUCCCACUCAUGACGUCCGGCCUCAUGCCAUAGAAGGGGUUGAAGAAGAGAAAAAGGUGGUGGUUGUUGAAGAGAAUGUUGUGAGUGGAGGGGAGGCUAAGGAAGAUAGUGGUUCGGUUGAAAUGGUGAAGGCGGUGAGCGGUGGCGGCUGUUUGGGCGAGCACAAGGGCUUAACAGUGAUUGACAUGCCUGAGAAGGCUAGAGAGCUUUUGGAAGCAUUGAAGGACAUUGAAGACCAUUUCAUAAGGGCUUAUGAUUCUGGCAAGGAUGUCUCUAGGAUGUUGGAAGCUAACAGAGUGCAUCUGCAAUCUGGAUUAGAGGAAAUAAAAGAUGAGAUUGGGGUUUUCUGCUCUGAAAAUUCCACAAAACUUAUCCAGUCGUUAAGGUGGCACCAAUCAACUUCAUCUAAGCCUACCUCAUGCAAACGUCUGGUGGCCUCAAGUUCAAGGGGAUCAUCUACAUGGACUGCGUAUACAAAUGAAUUGUUUGAUGACUAUGGAGGGAUUGUUUUAGGAAGCCAUUCGCUCACCUUGGAAAGACUAUAUGCAUGGGAGAAGAAGCUCUAUGAAGAAGUUAAGGCUGGAGACAACAUAAGAAAAUUGCACGAGAGGAAGUGCACACAUCUGAGAAACCAAGGUGUCAGAGGAGAUGAUGGACCCAUGAUGGACAAAACCAGAGCUACCGUGAAAGAUUUAUAUGCAAGGAUCUUGGUUGCGAUUCACAGUGCCGAGUCAAUUUCUAAAAAGAUCGAGAAGCUUCGUGACGACGAACUGCAGCCUCAAAUUCUCGAGCUUUUAAAAGGGUAAGCAAACACCUAGGAAAAGCUCUGUGAAUUUCAUCAUUAUACAUCUGUUACAAGAAGGUACUUCAGUCUAUUUUCAGAACUUCAUGGUCUCGCUCCUUGAUUUGUCAUUCUGUUCCCAUUUCAAUGCAAACCAGAGGGAGAGGACAGAGGAGAGACAAUUUAGAAGUUGCUUUCUCUCUCAAUAUAUU